AUGAAUCAAAGCACUUUAAUAGAAGACUUAAAUGGAUCAAAUGUUUCGAGAUUGUUAAAGCAAAUUAAAGAGAGUAAUGGUUGAUUAUAUUGUAGUCACCCAGGAUGAAUUGUAUGAGGAAAUGACUCAAUUGAAAACAAGAGUGUUGGGAUUAUUAAAAGAUUACCAAUCAUCCUUAUAAUAAAAGGAGAAUAUCAGACAAUUAAAUCAAUAAAUACGUAAGGAUGUAACAAACAUCAGCAAUGAUUAUAGUUAAAUUAUUGAAAAGAUGAACUAGAGUGUUGAUUGCACAUUUAUUUCGAUUGAGAGCAUCACACCAUUUUAAAAGAAUGAAAAAGUAACGAUUUAUAAAUUUAGAAGGAAAUGAAUA